GGCCGCGCCCGCCCCUCCCCCCCCGAGGGCCGCUGCCGGGAGCCCCUCCCCCACACGGGCGUGGCCCUGGCGCAGCUCCGCCCCCAGCAGCUCCAGUGCCUGCGGCACGAGCUGCGGCCGUUCCAGACGCUGCCGUUCUCGUCCCUGGGCGCCGCCUCCGCGUCCCUCGGGGGCCACCCCUGGGUGUUCGUGGCGCAGCCGGAGCUCGGCGCCUGCGCCCUGCUCGAGUGGGACCAGCUCGGGGGGAGGUUCCGGGCUCAGAGCGUGGUGAACGGCUCGUCCCCGGUGUCCUGCCACCCGGUGGUGGUGGGCGACACGCUGUUCCUGGUGGUGGCCCAGCUGCGCGGCGGCUCCUGGGUGUGGCGCCGCUCGGGCUCGUCCUUCGUGCGCCACCAGUCCCUGGGCCAGGGCCGCCUGCGCCGUCCCCACGCCGUCACCUCGGCGCGCCUGGGCGGCCGCCUCUACCUGGGCGUGGCCGACAGCUCCAAGGGCGGCGCCUCCACCGUGUUCCGCUGGGCCUCCGGAGCCUUCUACCCGGCGCAGGCGCUGCGGCCGUGGCGGCGCGACACGCACCUGGAGUUCCUGGAGCUGGGCGGCCGCGCGGCGCUGGUGGCCUGCGGCGCCGCCAGGAGGCCCCAGGUGUUCCUGUGGGGCGCCGGCGGCUUCGCGCCGCACACGGACAUCCCGCACGUGCCCGACGUCUACGCCGCCAAGCACUUCAGCCUGGAGGGGAACGUGUUCCUGUGCCUCACCCGGUUCCUCGGGGACGCCAAGGUGAUGCGCUGGGAGGGCUGGAUGUUCCGCGAGGUGCAGGCGGUGCCGGCGCGCGGCUCCCUGGUGUUCCAGCCGCUGCUCCUGGCCGGGCGCCGCCUGGUCCUGCUGGGCAACGACUUCGCGCCGAGCCGGGUGCUGGCCCCGGGCAGGGACGGGCGCCUGGAGCCGCGGCAGGAGCUGCCCGCGCCCGCGCCCCGCGCCUUCGUCCCCGUCGCCGCCGCGCGCCGGCACUUCCUGCUGGCCACCAGCUUCAAGGGCGCCACGCAGAUCUACGCCCACGUCACCGAGGACGUCGGCACCUAG